AAAACAAAUAUAUAUAUAUACGAGAACACGCUUUUGAAUUCCUUCUGGUACGGCGGAGGAUCACAACAAGGCUGGGCGGCUGUAGACGAGGGCGACCUCCACGCAGGUCCUUAAUGACACUCCCGAGAAUUUUCCAGGAAAGCAAGGAAAAACCAGCCAAGGUUCAACUGACUUUAGCAGACUUUUUUCACAUUUUAACAUAUAGAAAUAGUAAAGUGUUCCUUCGCUCCAGGAAAAACUAAGAAAACGCUCUGUAAGGGUGUAGAAAUGAUGGCUCAUCUGUUGAACAGCGUGAUCGCACUGCCAUGCCAAAUAUUUCUAUAAAAUACUGCGCGGCCUUAGUUUUCGCAAAUUUAUGGCCAAAAUAAUCCCUACUAACGCGGGCUCAGUCGUCAAAACUUGAUUUCCCCAAAGGAGAAUCCAGCGAAGUGCCUGCAAUCAAACCGAAACUUGGCCGGAAUUUCAGCUCAUGCUCAGAGGGCUGCGGGAAGUCGGUUGGAGCAGAGUCCUAGUAAAUUCUGGUAAAUGGCAUGUGUAAAAAUCUCUCACGGAUUUGCCUUUGAAGUGCCAAGGCUUGUGGGGGGCCGCAAAGGACUAUAGGUUUUAUGUAACUUUCACUUUUCGCGCCCGCUCCCAACGCAGGUGCUUAACGGCUCUGGCAAAAGGCAGUAACAGCAACAGUAACAGAAGCAACAACACUCUAAUUAAGCUAAGCCGAAGGGAAAACUCAGCACAGGAGGAGGAGCCCGAGGAGACCGCAGAGCCGAAGGGAGGAAGAAGGAUCCGACAAGUAGCAUCGGGAUGCCGCCACCAGUGCCGAAGCUGGCUCAUCUCUCGGCUCGUCGGGUCAUCGGCUCGGCUAGCUGGCUGGCUGGCUGGCUGCCUGGCCGGGAAACGGAACUCAGAUUGGUUUCGACUGGCGAAAGGGAAAGUUCGAGCAGCGGAUACGGAUCUCCAGACUUCUCUUAAGCCACUUAAAUAUUAAUUGAGAACACUGCCGAAAGGGGUAUUAUGUGUGGAAAAUGUGGCAAGUGAAACGCGCAUUGUCGGGUCAGUGUCAGACCCUACUCGGUGUCCUCCUUCUGAGCGCCGCGUUAAUAAUUCACAGCGCACAAAUCGGAGGAGCCGCGAAAGCUCAGCCGAGACUCGAACCCGGCGUGGGUGAGGUGAAUAGCGCCGAGGCGGUCAACGAAAACGGACGUGGAAAUGUGUCGAGGCGACUGCUGCGGAGUGUGUUCCAUGUGCGAUGGAAUCCCAACGAAAAGUUCGUUGUGGAGAGUCGCGAGAGUCCGGCCAUCAACUCCUCCAAGCUGGCUCCCCAUCCGCGGCUGAAGGUCUCCAAGAACACGAAGCUGACGCUCAGCCCCAAGCUGUACCUGUGCCACGACAAGUACUCGGAGCUGUGCCACAACAAGACCCAGCAGUUCCGGCAGCGCAUCGUCCAGACCUUCGAGAAGUCCAUGAGCGAGUCCUUCAACGACUCCCAGCCCAAUCCGUACCACGUCGACUACAAGCCCGUGUUCGGGGACAGUUUCGAGGAGCAGUACUAUCCCUCCACCUGCCUGGUCAUGGAGGCGGGCGUGCGGGUACUCCGCCGCAAAGACAAACCCUUUGAUAAGGUUCCCUUCGGCCGCCUCUUUCCGCGCCAGAAGCUCUUUCGCAACAUCAAGAACAUCAAGACGUGUGCGAUUGUCUCCAGCGCGGGCUCCCUGGCGGGCUCCAAGCUGGGUCGCUUCAUCGACACGCACGACAUUGUGAUGCGAUUCAAUCAUGCGCCUACGCAAGGACACGAGGUGGAUGUUGGCAGCAAAACCACAAUUCGUGUGGUGAAUUCUCAAGUGGUCACCAAGCCCGAAUUUGACUUCGCCCACGCUCCCAUCUUUCGCAAUGUGACGAUCGCCGCCUGGGAUCCAGGCAAGUACAACGGGACGUUGGAGGACUGGCUCACCAGCGCGGACUAUGACCUGUUCAGCAAUUACGAGAUCUAUAGGCGUCGCUAUCCCAAGUCGCGGGCCUUCCUUAUUGAUCCCCACUCCGUGUGGCGACUGUGGCAGACACUGCAGAUGUUUGCCGGAAACCGUUCUAUCAGGCGUAAUCCACCCAGCUCGGGUUUCAUCGGUCUGGCCCUGCUCUUGCCCCAUUGUCCUCAGGUGGACUUUGUGGAGUACAUUCCCUCCACGCGGCUCAAUGGACGCUGUCACUACUACAGCAAGGAGAUGAAUGCCGCCUGUACAUUCGGCUCUUGGCAUCCCCUGGCCGCCGAGAAGCUGAUGACAUUGGACAUGAAUACGGCGGAUGAUAUGUCUGUCUUCCAGUUUGGCAUAUUGCGUAUACGUAGGCCGGACAAACUGCUCUGCGGCUUCAACUUCUUUGGCUAUUGAGGAAGGCGAGCCAGCAGCGGAAGCGGAGCUGACGGACAAUCGACGUGCAUUUAAUCAGCGGUUUUCACCAAGUGCAAUAAACAAUUCAACUUUGCAAUGA